ACUACCAGGGAGGCGGGGCAACCGGGAAGCGAGGAAAACCGGCCCGCUGCAGCGGAGGCAGCUGAAGCAUGAAACGAAUCCAAGGCACCAGUGAGCAAGAGCGGGAAGCAAAGAAGCAGAAACUUCUUAAAGAACUUGGAAACAGAUGGCUUCCUUAUCUAACCCCCAAAGAUGCUGAAUUCUACCAGCUGUGGCAGGAGAACUAUUGCAAACUGAUUCUCCGAGAAGCCAGUAGGAUCCCUGAGUUGCUACAUAAGGAAGUUCAGCAAGCCUUCCUCACCUUGCGGAAGCAUGGCUGCUUAUUCCAGGAUCUAGUCCAAAUCAAAGGGAAAAAUUUACUCACACCAGUAUCUCGUCUUCUCAUUGGAAAUCCAGGGUACACCUAUAAGUAUCUGAACAGCAGACUCUUCACUGUGCCAUGGCCAGUGGAAGGUUCCAACAUAAAAUAUACUGAAGAUGAAAUAUUUGCAGCUUGUAGAGCUUUCUCUAAGCUCAAUGACUACCUUCAUAAAGAUACAAUCCAGGCUUUGAACAAGCUACGUUUUGUCAAAUCUGAGCAAAAUGAAGACAGUACAAUCUUUGGAAUGGUACCAGAACUCUCCAAGAGUGGUUUGGACAUGGGAGAUGAUAUGGAACUCAAGAAGAGGACAACCUACAAUUUGACUUUAUUGAAUUACAUGGAUCCUCAGGAAAUGUCCUACUUGAAAGAAGAGCCUUAUUUUGGGAUGGGGAAAAUGGCUGUGAGCUGGCACCAUGAUGAGAAUCUAGUAGAAAGGUCAACAGUGGCAGUAUACAGUUACAGUUGUGAAGGCCCUGAAGUGAUUGAUUGUGAUGAGCGGAGUCCAGAAGGGAGAAACCCUGCUCUCUGGCAUGUUGGUCUGAAGAUAGCCUGGGACAUAGAGACACCUGGUUUGGCAAUACCACUCCAUCAAGGAGACUGCUAUCUUAUGCUAGAUGAUCUUAAUACCACUCAUCAACACUGUGUUUUGGCUGGCUUGCAACCUCGAUUCAGUUCAACCCACAGAGUGGCAGAGUGCUCAGUAGGGACUCUGGAUUAUAUUUUCAAACAAUGCCAGUUGGCACUGCAGAAUGUGAAGGAUGACAUGGAGCCCAGAGCUAUGCAUUUGAGAUCCCUGGAGUCCUCGGUUAUCAGGCAGGGGGAAGAAAUUCAUAAUGAGGUAGAGUUUGAAUGGCUAAGGCAGUUUGGGUUCCAUGGCCAUCGCUACAAAAAGUGCACAGAUUGGUGGCAUUUACCCAUGUCUGAACUGGAAGGACUGUGGAAAAAGAUGGAAUGUGUGACAAAUGCAGUGCUUUGUGAAAUCAGAAAAAAGGGAUGGCCCAUGGAACAAAAGAAUGAAAUCAUAGCAGAUUUACUUGCCUUGCUCACCACACGACAGGAGCUGCGAAUGGAAUGGUGUAUGAGGUGGCCAUCUUCUGGACUGAAAGACAGCACACAGAACGCAGCUAAAUUAGAAAGACUUUACACAGUUACCAGAACUGGCUUAAUGAGAGACAGUGAACAUUUUGCAGGCUACUGAACUUCUGAAAUAUGACAAUCGGAGCAAAUGAAAUCAUGGUAUCUUUCAUUGUAGUUUAAUUGGACUCAAACUGGCAAUAGGAGCCGUUGAAAGCUCUAUUCAAGGGAGAUGGACAAGAAUCCUGCAACAGCUAAUCCACCUCUGCACAACACAUCUUAAAACUGCCUGAGCACUGCCUAACGAUUCCAUGCUGCUCUCAGGACCAGCUCUCAUCGGUUGAGAGAGAAAGAGGUGCUGUGAAUAAAGAAGAGAUUACAAGGCAGGCCAGAUUCCAGCAUUAUGAAUGGCACACCUGUCACCCCUGGUUAUGCACUGCCUCAUGGCAGCUUGUACAGGCCAAUUUAUUAAAGAGCCAAGAAAAGUGAAACAAACUGAGCCCCUUCUUCCUCUGCCUGAGAGUGUCAAGACAUCAUUGUCAAGGAGCCCUGUUAACCGAAGAGUGGGAUGAGCUGAGCAUAAACACUAACAAGGGAAGAACUAAACACCACCCCCAACUCGGCUGAGUGAAGUUAAAUGGGGAUCUCAGCUGAAUAACCCCAAAAGCAGAAAAUGGUGAUGGCUGUCAGGUGACCACGGUGCCUGUCAGGCAACAAUCCAGAGGCUAGAAACAAUGAUGGAAGAAUCAACAUUAAAGGGAGAUUUGGAGGCAUCUAGUAAAUCUGCUGCAGGUGGAGGAAGAGCUAUUACUUUAAGAAAUGAAUCACCCUGGGGCACACAAAUCUGUAGGCAGAAGGCACUUUAAAGUACUCGGAGAGGCACAUCUCAUUCUCCUUUCUUUGUUACCGUUCCACUUGAGAAGUUCUCUGAGUUGGAAUUGCUUACUUUUUCUAUCCCUCCCUGUUCUGUUAGCAUCUUAGAUGCCAGGCUAAAAGUCAGCCUUGACCACUUGGGUCUGUGUUUGCUAGUAUUAUGAUGCUUUAGUUUUAGCUGGUAAUACUCGGAAGAUGUACAAAUUGGGUACACACAUGUAACAGGCCAUCUCAGCCAUUGAUUUUUGAAGGUUCAUUAGAUAAAUGCUGACAUCACAGAU